GACAGUCUGACCCCCUCAUCAACAAGCCACUUCCUCUUUUGUCUAAUUUCAUGGCGAUCGGGAGAGAGGGAACACCACCGACGGACGCACACUGUUUCGGCGCUCCUCAAAGAGUUUAUCUGGGUUUAAACUAAGUUGUCAAUCUUCCUGACACAAACAUUUUCCAGGCGAUACCAGGUGGACAUCAUCACAGGGCCCCCUCCAGCUCCCACAUUUGUUCUUCACCGUCCCAGGUUAAGACUCCUUGGUCUAUGGCUCUGAUGGACAAAACCAAACAUGUCAAGCGGCAGAGACUUGACCGCAUUUGUGAGGGUAUCCGACCCCCCAUCCUGAAUGGGCCGAUGCACCCACGGCCCCUGGUGGCCCUCCUAGAUGGGCGCGACUGCACAGUGGAAAUGCCCAUCCUCAAAGACGUGGCGACCGUGGCUUUCUGUGACGCUCAGUCUACACAAGAGAUCCAUGAGAAGGUGUUAAAUGAAGCCGUGGCGGCUCUGCUGUAUCACACUAUAACUUUAUCCAGAGAUGACUUGGAAAAGUUUAAAGGACUACGAGUUAUUGUCAGGAUCGGCUCCGGAUUUGACAAUGUUGACGUCAAAGCAGCGGCUGAGCUUGGCAUCGCUGUCUGUAACGUACCAGCAGCCUCUGUGGAAGAGACGGCCGACACUUCGCUAUGUCUGAUCCUUAACCUGUACAGGCGGGUCACCUGGAUGCACCAAGCCCUCAGGGAGGGGACUCGUGCUUCUAGCGUGGAGCAGAUAAGGGAGGUGGCCGGAGGCGCCGCCCGUAUCAGAGGUGAAACGUUGGGCAUCAUCGGUCUUGGGCGUGUUGGCCAGGCUGUGGCCCUGCGAGCCAAGGCGUUUGGGUUUAGCAUAAUCUUUUAUGACCCUUACCUGCCUGAUGGCGUGGAGCGCUCGUUGGGCCUCCAGCGAAUGGCCACGCUGCAGGACCUGCUCAUACACUCAGACUGUGUGUCUUUGCACUGCAGCCUCAACGAGCACAACCACCACCUCAUUAACGACUUCACCAUCAAACAGAUGCGCCAAGGAGCUUUUCUGGUGAACACAUCAAGAGGGGGACUGGUGGAUGAGAAAGCUCUGGCUCAGGCCUUGAAGGAGGGCCGGAUACGUGGAGCCGCCCUGGACGUACAUGAGACAGAACCCUUCAGUUUUUCAACGGGCCCCUUGAAGGAUGCCCCCAACUUGAUCUGUACCCCUCACACAUCUUGGUACAGUGAACAGGCUUCAGUUGAGGCUCGUGAAGAGGCAGCCAGAGAGGUUCGCCGGGCCAUCACCGGUCGUAUCCCAGACAGCCUGAAGAACUGUGUCAAUAAGGAGUAUCUGAUGGCUGCCUCCCAUUGGCCCACCAUGGAGGCAGCUCCCGUUCACCCAGAGCUGAAUGGAGCCGCCUACAGAUUUCCUCCAGGUCUGAUCAACGUGGCAGCAGCAGCGGGGGGCCUCCCAGGAGCAGAGAGCCUGGUUUCAGGACCCCUGGCACAUGGCAUUGCCCCUGUCUCCCACCCCCCUCAUGCCCCGUCCCCAGGGCAGCCAACUAAGGCUGAAGCCGACAGAGACAUCCCCUCCGACCAAUAGCCCCCUCUGCCAGCUCUGGCACAUUCCGUCAUCUCUGGAAACCGAACCCCCCACCCCCCCUGGCCCCUCCUCUGCCUCGCUCCUUCAGGAUCAGACACCAACCUACCCUGUGUUGCACAGGAAGUACCAGUCUGACCCAUCUUGGAUCUACAGUCAUUCAUCUGAUCAGACAACUAUCCCAGGAACGGCCCAUCCUCAUCAGACCCACAUCCUUCCAUCCUCAUCCCACCGAUCACCCAUCCAACCACCAGACCCCCCCCAACAAUGUCAGCAAUAACUCUGUUCUCAAGGAUGCAAUUAUUGGAUUGGUUUUACUUCCUUAGCUGGCUGUUGUGUUAAUGAAAAGUUGAUCUAUUGUGGUUCUAGGUGUUGCCGUUUUGUUGAGAAGAAUUAGCUUUUCCGACACGAGGCUUUAGGCUGCUGCCUCCAGCAGAAACAGGACAUUCAAAGCUCCACUUUGUACAUUGAUGGCUCGUGUUACUACUCUCUUUUUCUGUUGUUGUUGUUUUAUUUUUGUUUUCCUUCCCCCUCUCUCUGCCCGUGUUGUGAUUGGGGGAAACCGCUUCUUAAGGUAAACUGAGCAGAACCUAGCUGCCCUCUAGCCCUCCAUCCCUUAAACCUCUGUGGUGCUGUUGUUGCUCAGCAGAGGGGUUUCUAAUGCAGUCUGUCUGGAGCUCUCUUAACUGUGAAACUCUGUAGCUUAAACCAUUUAAAGAGUAACCCUCCCCAAUUAUCACCUUGUUUCUGUAUUUUCAGCAUUUCUCCCUUUAUUUCCUCCAAGAUUUCUGGCAAGCAGCUAAAGAGAAACUCAUUUGUACCCCAACGCCAGCAGAGGGCGCUCUCUAUCCGGCCUCCCAACAGAUCAAAGAUAUUUGUUCCAUCACUUGAACUUAGUAUUAAACCUUUAGAAAUUAACUAAAAUUAAAUUUGAUAGGACUUCACAACCACCCUACACAUCCUCAUCAUCCUCUCGCAUCAUAGCCCCCCCAGCAUCAGUGCACAUAAAACCAGUAUGCAUCCACCAGUUCCUUCAGACGGGACAGGACCGUACGGAUUCGAUUCCCUGCAGGAGCAAAUGGCAGCCAGCGUUCCUGCAUGCUUGCAUCUUAAAGACAGUGGUGUGUGUGUGUGUGUUUCAGUGUGUGUGUGAGUGUUUGCUCCCCUCGCUCUGUCACCCGUUCCAAAGGAGUCGUCCCGUAAAGUUAACUCUUAAAACGCUGUUGCCCUGAUUCUAAGGGAACACCUUUCUAGUACCUCAUUAACAGAUAUUGAAUGUACCGUGCUACCCUUUUUUUUUUGUGUACAGAUUUUCUAGAUGAAAUUGUAGCAGUCAUGAUAAAAUUGAAAGAAAAAAAAAAAAGAGGAAGCCCAGUUGAAAUAAAUUUGA